AUGGCUUCUAUUCUUUCAAUAACAGACAGUUCUCAAUUGACUGAAUUUUGUACAGUAAUAUUACCCACCAUUUGGACAUUAAAUAUAAGCAAAUCAAGACAAUUUAUACAAAAAGUAUUAAAAGCAACACAAAUAAGCUGUACAUGUAUCCUAGUCGCACUCUAUUAUAUCCAUCGUCUAAGAUCAGCUUAUCCUCAUAUCGACCUUUCUAUUGGAUCAGAAAUAAGAUUAUUUACUACCGCACUCAUCUUGGCUAAUAAAUACUUGGAGGAUAGUACAUUUACAAAUAAGACUUGGUCAAGUGUAUCAGGAAUUCCGAUCAAGGAAUUAAAUAGAAUGGAAGCUGAAUUUUUAUCUGCACUUGAUUACAACAUUUGUAUCUCACAGCACCAAUUUUAUCAGUGGACAAUGCAGUGUCAGCAAUUAUGGUCGCUAUUUUUAAUGCCAGUGACACAAAAGAGAAGUUUAGAAGAAGAGGAGGAUGAAGUAUAUUAUUACCAAAAGAAAUCUAGAUCAUCCAAUUCCCAAAUAUUAUGUAAACCUAUUCUCAGUUGGUCAUCUUCUGUGUCUGCAUUAGCUGCUUCAAGGAUAAUGAAUACAUAUUAUUAA